AUGGCGCAGAUGGAUGGCGACAACCUAGUUCUUCCCGAAGAUAUCAUGACCAACAUUCUCACACGGCUUCCGGUAAAAUCUCUAAUCCGAUUUCAAUGUGUGUGCAAACGAUGGAAAAAUCUCUUCAAAACCCCAUCUUUCAUCGCUGAACACCUCCACCACUCCUCUCGUCAAAACCCUUCGCUUCUCUUUGAAGAUUUUGGCAAAUCUGAUCCUUUUUGCAUGUGUUUGCUCAAUCGUGAGAUGCAAGUCCUUGAAGUUUCGAACGAUCCUUUUAUUGAUUUUAUGGGGCUGUGGGUUUGUACCUUCGAUUCCUGCAAUGGCUUACUCUGUGUAGGAGUCGCUAGUUUUUCUAGAUCUCUUUCCCUUUUAUUGUGGAAUCCAGCUACUAGAAAGUUGAGUCGGGUGCCUACAUCUGUUAGUUAUUUUGAAGAUGAGGAAUUCUUUGUAGGAUUUGGGUUUAGUCCAUCGGUUGAUGAUUACAAGAUAGUGAAAAUUCAUGUUCCUGGGAAUACUGGUCGGGUUAAUCAAGUGGAAGUUUAUUCAUUAACCACAGGAUCAUGGAAGGAAGUGGAAUUUGGGAACUUAAAUGGUGUAGCUAUGACCUCUAAUGGUUUCUCUUAUAAUGGAGCUAUCUUUUGGAUUGGGUCAAAGCUAGGUGUGGAGGAGGAUGAAGAUGAUAUUGAUUUGAUAGUGUCAUUUGAUAUAGCUAUGGAAGUGUUUAUAUUGAUACCAUUGCCUUCUUCACCCUUUUCAGUUACAAAUACCCCAUAUCCCAGAUAUCUUGCUGUAUAUGACAACAAGCUUGCUCUGCUUUCUCACACUUUGAGUGAAGACUUCAAAUCGUCCUUGAUUCAUUUGUGGGUGAUGGAGGAGGGUACUUGUGCAUCUAGAGAGAGGUGGAUUUGGACUAAGAAAUAUACUAGCUGCCCUUAUUUAGGCUGUUUGUUAGUUCCAGUGACUAUUUGGAAGGAUGAAAUUGUCUGCAACGUUUCUACAUUGUCCGGACCCCUUGAUAAUAUCGAAGAUGAUCAACAAAAAAUUGUUUUUUUCAAUCUCACGACCAAUGAAUUUAAGACGUUUCAUAUCCGCAAAUCUGUCAUGGGUUAUGGUAUUUUCAAUUAUGUAGAAAGUCUUGUAUCAGUUGGGAACAUUCAUACUGAAUAG